CUACCCAGUGCCUUUGUCUCCUGCUUUUCACCUGCCUGCUGGCCCUGGCAGCACCUCUUCCUGCCUUUGACAUAAAAAACUUGCAUCUCCUCAAUGGCACACUGGAUGAAAUUAUGAAUGUUCUCCCAGAGUCCUCCCAGCUUGAUAACAGUGGCAAACAUGUUCGACAGGUCAGAGACAUUGCCCCCCACACACCGAUGGGCCAUGGUUGGCCCAAGGACUGCAGUGAGAUCCCUGCUGGCAGCCGCAGCGGUGUCUACAUCAUCCAGCCAAAAGGACUCCACCACCUCGUGGUGUACUGUGAAAUGAAUAUAACAAACGGGGGUUGGACAGUCAUCCAGAGGAACCAGAAAGACACACCAGUCACCUGGGCUGAGUCCUGGAGCACCUACAAGUACGGCUUUGGAAAUGUGCGCAGGGAAUACUGGCUGGGCACCGAGUACAUCCACCAGAUCUCCAAGCAAAAGGUCUACCAGGUCAGGUUUAUCAUCCAGGACUCCACAGACAACACCAAUUUCGCAGACUACAACCUCUUCAGCCUGGAAGAUGAGUCCCAUGGCUACCGGCUGAGGCUGGGCUCCUACACAGGGACGGCGGGGGAUGCCAUGACCUCAGACAAUCCCAACACCAUGCAUGACAACAUGAAGUUCUCCACAAAGGAUCGAGAUCAGGACACUUACAGUAAGAACUGUGCCUACAGCUAUGAGGGCGGGUGGUGGUACUCAGCAUGUUAUUCUGUACGGCUGAAUUUCAAGGGUGGCAUGACAUGGGGCAGCAUGUGCAAAGGAAACUGCAAAUCCUCCCUUAUCCUCAUCAAACCAGCUCAGUAUUGUUAG